AUUAUUAAAAAAAAAAAUCUAGAUAACGGACAGGCUCCAAGCCCGCAUCUCCCCUCUCUCACUGUGAACUCCCAAAACUAAAGAUUCGAUCCCUAAUCUCUCUCUCUCUCCCCAAAUAUAAGUUCACUCUCUCUAAAAUCUCUUGAACGAGUCGAAUCGAAGAGAGAUAACCUCUGUCAAUGGCGGCGGCGGAGCCCUCGAGAUCGGCGGCGUCCCCUUCGCCCGAUUCCUACAUCGGGAGUCUAAUAAGCUUGACCUCGAAGUGCGAGAUCAGAUACGAAGGGAUUCUCUACAACAUCAACACUGAAGAAUCCAGCAUCGGCCUCCGCAAUGUUCGAUCUUUUGGGACAGAAGGACGAAAGAAGGAUGGUCCGCAAAUUCCUGCCAGCGAAAAAAUCUACGAGUAUAUACUGUUUCGGGGAAGUGAUAUUAAGGAUCUACAGGUCAAGUCAUCACCACCUGUUCAACCUCCUUCCAUUCACAAUGACCCUGCUAUUAUUCAGUCACACUAUUCUCAUCCUGCAUCUUCUUCGGCCCCCUUGCCUUCUGUGGGAAAUGGAGCUGUUAUUGAUCCUAAUUCACAUACAGCUCAGCUGGGACUUGCAAGGUCACCUUUUCAAGGAGGUUCACCCUUAUAUCAACCUGGAGGAAACUUGGGCAGUGGUUCUGGGCUACCAAUGGCAAUGUAUUAUCAAGGAUUUUAUGCCCCGCCAGUUGGCCUUCCUCAUCUUCAGCCAUCCUCUUUGCUUAGGCCCCCACCAGGGUUGCCGAUUCAUCAAUCUAUCCACCAGCCUUUGCAGUAUCCUGGAGUGAAUGCGUCCUUGCAGCCUGGAUCCUCAAAUUUGCCUGAGUUUCCUCCGCCUUUAUUUCCACUUGUGAGUAGUACUCAGAGUUUAACCUCUACUUCUUUGCCCUCAACAGUUGCACCUACACAGGCCAAUUUAUUAGCUCCUGAAACAGCAUCUACUCCGAUGCCAAAUUUACCUCCUGUGACCUCUCUUCCUGCAACGACUCUUGGUGCCAAUCUGCCAUUGGUGCCUCCACUAGCUUCUAGUCAUGAUUCCCUAAUAACAAACUCUCAAAAUAUGCCUUCUACUAUUAAGAGCAAGCCAAUGACAGUUCCUGCUCCAGCCUUGGGUUAUCAGACAGUAUCUCCGCCUAUACCCUCAGUUGUCAGUUCCUCCACUUCAAACACAUUUGAACCGGCGGUUUCUUUAGUAACUCCUGAUCAACUGCUGCAGCCUGGCCCCACAACUAUGCCUUCAUCUCAGCCGCUGCAGACAAGCAAUAAAGGUGUAGUGGUUAAACCACAGGAAGCAGAGAAAAAAUCUUCUGUACUAGAAUCAUCCUUGAAUGUACCGGGAAAGGCUAGAGAGGCAAUGCCAUCUGUAGCAAAACCAUCCGGUCGUGUGCCAGCAGAAGUCAAGGAGCCAAUAUUGCCUUUACCCAAACCUACACAUCACAAGCCAAAUGGAGCUCUCAUGCACAUACAUCACUUCAAUAGGGGGCGUGGAAGAGGAAGAGGAAAUGGGUAUCCGCGUCCUCUAACCAAAUUUACUGAAGAAUUUGACUUCAUGGCAAUGAAUGAGAAAUUCAACAAGGAUGAAGUGUGGGGCCAUCUCGGUAAAAGCAAAUACGUGACACAUGACAGUGAAGGAGGUGAAAAUGACGACGACUUUGAUGAUAAUCUGGAGGAAGAAGAUGCUGAAACUGAUAAACCUGAGAUCAAGCCUGUCUAUGUGAAGGAUGACUUCUUCGACACCCUGUCCAGCAACACCCUUGACCGGGAUUCGCAAGGCAGGAGAAUGAAAUUCUCAGAACAAAUGAAAAUAGACACGGAGACAUUUGGUGAUUUCCCAAGGCACCGUCCCCAUCGAGGUGGGGGAGGUCGAGGCUUUCGUGGUGGUGGCCGUGCUCGAGGCUCUUACUAUGGCAGAGGGUACGGUUAUGGUAACAGAGGCCGAGGCCAUUCUGUACCAAAUCGAGCUUCCUAAGGGAGAGAGGCUUUGCUUGUAAUGUAACAUAUAGGGUAAUAAACCAGGGCAAUGUUUUAGAAUUUGUGGAGAGGAUUCAACAUCAAUGUUUAGGUUCGACAAAGGUUUCAAAUACUUAGUUCCGAGUCUUGUGAGAUGUUGGGUAAGCUUAAAAGCCAUGCAAAUAUGAAUGAAGUGUUGGUACAUCAAUA